UCUAUUAGAAAUCUAAUUUAAUGCAUGCAUAGUGCUGUAUUUAAUACUAUAAAUGAGAAACGGUUGUAGAAGUACAUAGUAAUGGCACGGUAUUGGUCAUGCAGCGGAAACAGGGCGGAUUUUAGGACCCGUGGAUUCAUUUCUUGUCGAAUAAUAAAAGUUGGGGUUAUCCGUGUGCAGUCGACGUGCUCCAAAGCGAUCUAAAGUGUGUGAGCGGCUCUUCUUCUGCACAUUGCAGUGGUGCACCAAGAGCCAGCUGCGGGCUGUGUGUGUGUACACUCAGCCGCUGGGUGUCUUCACUGGAGAGUGGGCUGCUCCGUCCGUCCGCGUUUUCCGGAAGAGAGGGUGUGACACAUGGGACACAUCUCAGGUCAGCAGCUGAUCCUGCCACACUUCUCGCACAGGAGCGUGUCCGCGUAGUGCGAGUCUGUAUUAAUAAUCGGCUGUGAGUAGAGUGAAUCAAACAGGCGCCGUGCGUCCGAGCGGGACACCCCCCUCCUCCUGCUGGAUCCCGUCAGACUGGAAGGCUUUAAAGGGGCUCACACACGCCCGAGCACUCAUUUGGCUCUGGUGGGUCGCUGGACGUUGUGAGCGGAGGGCGGGCCCAGGUCACGUUGAUGCUGCUGGGCGCUCCCCAGUACUCUCCCCGCCACCUGCUCCUGCGUCGCUCCCACCUCCCAGCCCGCCAUGGCUAUGAGCAGUGACCCCGGCUGUGAGAGGCUGGACCCUGACUCUGACAAACAGGCCAGCAGUCUCACAGAUGUCAUGGCUGCCAUGACGACAGAAGAACCAGACGGCUCUGCCACCAACGGCGUGAAGAACGGCGGCGCUCAGCAGGGCGGGGCUCAGGCCAAGAGGACCCACGCGAUGCGGCCUCACCUCACCGGGAGGAAGUUUUCGCUGCAGGAGAGGGGCACCUACCGGUCCUCAGGGCCUGGAGGAGGAUACACAAACACGUCCCCCCGAGUGGCUCGCAGGCCCACCGUGGAGUCCAAACGUGUCUCCAUAUCAGACGCUCAGGACUGUAUCCAGUUGAACCAGUACAAGCUGAAGAGUGAGAUUGGAAAGGGCUCCUACGGUGUCGUCAAACUCGCCUACAAUGAGGAUGAUGACAAACAUUAUGCCAUGAAGGUGGUGUCCAAGAAGAAGUUAAUGAAGCAGUGUGGCUUUCCACGUCGCCCGCCCCCGAGAGGACCCAAGGCAGCCCAAGGAGAGCAGCCCAAAAUCUUAGGACCCCUGGAGAGGGUCUACCAAGAGAUUGCCAUCCUUAAAAAACUGGACCAUGUCAACAUUGUCAAGCUGGUGGAGGUGCUUGAUGAUCCAGCCGAGGACAACCUUCACAUGGUGUUUGAGCUGAUGCGUAAAGGCCCAGUGAUGGAGGUUCCCUCAGACAGUCCUUUGUCAGAAGAGCAGGCCAGGCUGUACUUCAGAGACAUCAUCCUGGGCAUAGAGUACUUGCACUACCAGAAGAUCGUCCACCGGGACAUCAAACCGUCUAACUUGCUCCUGGGGGACGACGGCCAUGUGAAGAUCGCAGACUUCGGGGUCAGCAACCAGUUUGAGGGCAACGAUGCUUUGCUGUCCAGCACUGCUGGCACUCCUGCCUUCAUGGCACCAGAGACGCUCACAGACACGCGAAAGAGCUUCAGCGGGAAAGCGCUGGACGUGUGGGCCAUGGGAGUUACUCUCUACUGUUUCGUCUUUGGAAAGUGCCCGUUUAUUGACGAGUACAUAUUGGCUUUGCACAACAAGAUAAGGACCAAGCUUGUGGAUUUUCCGGAAACACCAACGAUCAGUGAAGAGCUGCGGACUCUGAUCUUGCGGAUGCUGGACAAGAACCCAGAUACCAGGAUCACCAUCCCUGAGAUCAAGAUGGACCAGUGGGUGACCCAGGGAGGCACCGACCCCCUGCCUCUGGAGGAGGAGCACUGCUCUGUGGUGGAGGUGACAGAGGAGGACAUCCAGAACUCUGUCAAGUUUGUCCCCAGCCUCUCUGCUGUGAUUUUGGUCAGAGCCAUGCUGAGGAAGCGCUCCUUCAGUAACCCCUUCGAGUGUCCUAGCAGGAGAGAGGAGAGGUCCAUGUCUGCACCUGGCAGCCUGCUCAUGGACUCGUGGCCCUUCCGGCCCACUUUAAAACUUCACCCCUCGCUCAGAAAGAGCAGCACAGGAGAUGGCCCCAGAGAAGGAGAGCUGGAGGACCUGCACGAAGACGAGCCCUCCUCUUGAGUCUUAACGAUGCUCCCCUCAACAUCUUAAAUUUCAACAAGUUUCUUUGCUUGAACCACUGUGUGCUCACCCCUUCAUCCACACAUUUCCUUCAAAUAAGCUUCAUCCACACUAAUACCUUUAUGUUUUAAAAAGCGAGUCAUUUGCUACGUCGAUGCCUCACGUCCACACUACUGUAGUGUUUACGAACCCUUAAAAUUCAGUAAUACAGGAACGACAAGUUUUGGUUAAGAAAAACUUGGUGGUUGCAUUUUAGUCUGGACGACAGACUCUAUGACAGUUCUGCGCUUCUACACUAGUGAGGCCAAAACUUCUUGAUCGCCCCCUGGUGGUGGGCUGCAGUAUAUGUUAUACAUCCCACUCCUCCGUGUUAGUGAAGGGACAUGAGCCAAACGAAAAGCUAAAGUCCCAAAAGAGGUCCCAAAAUGUUUUCUGUCAUUUUAGGUAGUUCUUAUCCCGCUAUCCUGUUUGUUCAGGUCUCUGAAAAUUUUGGUUUUAGCUGGUUAUUUGAUGUUAAAAAAAAAAAGGGAGCUGUAAUAGCACGAUUGAGGGCUUGGUUGAGCACGUCACUCUAGCGUCACACACGCACGUCGGUUGCAGAGGGAAAACAACAAAACUUUAAUUACAGCAAGAGUUAUAAGAGUCGGCUGCCAAAACCAGAAAUGGCACUAAGUUAUUACAUACAUUAACAUUAAUAUAUACAAGUUGUGAUAAUAUUGAGAUAGCAUUUUGUCAUUAAAAUAAAGAAAAAGUUAUUUUUUAAUCGCUAGUUUUCUUUGUGAUCACACUGUUUUUAUUGGCGGUCUGUUGUUGUUUUCUUGCAACUGGCAUGCAUUGUAAAUGUUUUGAUAUACGGAGACUUCUGGUAACAAUCAAGCAGACACGUACAUCCAACUUUCCCAUCAGUAACUUCUGCUGACAUUCUUUUUGUGAUUUCAUGUCUGCUAUUAAUCAGAAUGUUAUAUGUUAAUGUUAUAUUUAUGACCCAAUCCCUCAGAGCCCACGGCAAUCCUUGUUACACCAGUGUUUGCUUGUUAACCUGGUGCGCACUUUUAAUGGCAGGAAAUACUGCACCACUGACUUUAGACCGUGUUUUUGUUGGUCAAUGGUGUAAUUAGUUUCUGCUGCCUCAGGAUAGCGCCUGACCACAACUCGUUUUAAGACCAACACGUCUAUGGGCGACACUGCACUUGCGACUUGCACUGUGCUGUACUUCGCUUUGAAAUGUAUUAGUGUGGAUGUAGCAUCAGUGACACAAUACAGCCGUAUCUUUCUAUACACUGGACGGACUCAAAGUUUUAAAUCUGCUUUCAGCUUUUGCCGGCAUUCAGACUUCAGUAUGCUUAGGCUUGCUUUUGUUUUUUUUGCUUCCUAUUUUCGUUCUCCAUUAUGGAGUCUCUGAAUACAAUCUACAAUCUUGUUUGUCUUACCUGCUCAACCACUAACUGUUGUGACUGGCGUCAGUGAACCAAUAACUCUUCUCAAUCUUUCUGGAUCAUUAACAGUUCAAAUUAUUAACGGGAUGAAAGGCAUCAACAUGUUUGUCAGCUGGCAUUACACUCUAAUGUGGGAAAAAAACUGUCACUUUUUUUUUCCGCGUCUGCAUGGAUGAAUCGCUGGGCCUCAUCAUCAAACAACGGAUAGCCAGUCUGUCAUAGCCGGCCUGACCAAGAGGAUAAUCAUCACAGACUUCAGCAUGUAAAUUACACUAUAUUGUCUCUUCAGUGACCUACAGGGCUUUUUAUUGUACAUAGCGACUUGAGGUAACAUCAGUGUUGUCGUCUCACAGCCCCCUUCUUGUAUCUGUGCCAGAGGAAGUCCUUACUGUGCUGCCUUCACAGUCUUCAAGCCCGACUCGUUGAACUUCUCCGACAGAAAGAUAAGGAAGUCAGCUGUCUGAGGCUGUUCACACACAUGAAGGACAGCGACUUUGCCAUGCUUGAACACAUUUCAUAGUGACUUGAGUCACUGUGUAAUGUGUAAUUAUUUCUGUGUUAGAAGUCAUUUCACGCUCACUUUCCUAUUCUUGUUUGUCUGAUGAUUUCUGUUCUCUCACACUGUUUCUUUCCUUUCUUGUCGUUCUGUACAGUUUGAUUUGAUGUGAAGUAAUUGUGACAGAAAUUGGAGCAUUUCGAAGAGUAUGCUGUUCAACGGCAAAUUUGAACCGACUGAAAAAAGGAUUCUGAUUGCCUGUACCUUAAAUAAUUCCUCUUACAAAUGAGAAUGCUUUAUUGCACAUCAUUUUUGGAAGCAGGGCUGAUUUAAAUGCAAGAAUAACCUCAUUGUCCAGGUUAAAAAUCAGUGAGUGGUCUUACAGAGGAAGUUAAAUUUAUACAUGUAAAGUUAUCCAGGUUAAGGGACUGUACACAAAUUAUUUAUGGGGAUGGAGAGGCCAGAAAAAGGAAAAGGGUUAUAUACGCUUCCUUUGUGCUGAGGGGACAGCACUUUGGAUUUUUUGGAAGAGCAAAGAAGUGUCUUUAUCUGGUCUUUAUAAAAGUGUCUUUUACCCUAGGUUUAUAUUUCAGUAUUUCCUUCAGAGAUUAAUAAAAAUAUUGGGAUAAGAUCACAGGUGUGCACAGUGGGUCAUAAAGUUUUGCUUUGCCAUAUGCAAAGCACAACCAUCCUGUCACUGUUUCGGGUAUUUAUUUUACCCAUGACAAGUAUAAUUUUAAACAAAUUUAAUUAUUUAAUGUUUGUCAUAAAUUAGGAGAUUGUUAAUUCCAUUUCACAUGUAGGCAUUGGUGGUUAUUGGGGAGAUGAUUAUCGUAUAAAUAUUGGUUUCAUAGAGACAAAUGGCGACUUUCAGGAUUAUUAAGAAAGUACAAAGCUUCUGCGCCUGUUGGGAAUUUUUGGGUUAAGUCCCGAUGAUAAAGGUGAGCACGGACCAAGCUGUUGUGGGCAGCUUUUGUCAUUUUAUUUUGGAAUACUUUACGGACUGCCUCCGUCUCACACACUAAUAGAAAUACCUUCAUAUACCGUAUGCGAAUGUCAGGAAGGUAUGAAAACAUAGAUACAGUUUAAGCCUAAUACAAAAGUAUGUUUAUAAAAUAUAACUGGAUUGAAUUUGAAUGACAUUUAAUUUAUUAGAGGACCUGAAACAAGUCAAGAGUAGUGCCUAAAUAAAGCAUUAAAAUAUAUCCGCCCUCCCCACUCCAGUAAUUUUAUGACAGUCCCUAACUAUUUUGCCUGGGUGACAUUCAUGAAGCAAUCUGAGAGCACAAUUGUUGCAGAUGAAUGGAAAAGAAAAUUGUGUUUUUUUGUGAUUUAAGUCCUUUGUUUGCCAUUCAAGGUGGUAGUUGAAUUUUAAAAAAAGCUGAGUCUGUGGGCAGUUUUGUCCUCGCCGACUCGAAUCAAUGAGAACAUUUCUGCCUCCGCAGCAGCUUUUCUCAGAUAAAUGUUUAUAUAACUCCAUUUUUCAUCCCCCCCUCUCUUUUGCUAGCCUGGGUCAUCGGCCUGUAAAAAAAAAAGAAAAAAAAAAGUUUGGCAGGCAGAGCGCUCUGAUCACUUGCACCGCAGUGAAAAGGAGCAUUUCAAUGUCAUGAUUAGGCCCAGGCUGCCAACAACAACAACAACACUUCCCCAUCCACUUCAGUGCCGUCCCCAGUGUGGCUGAUUAGAAACGGGGAGUGCAGCGCUUUGCAUUUCCUCUAUUAAUCUUGCCCUCAGUAUCCUCCAGUGAAGGAUGCAAGCAAGAACACAGAGAACAGAGAGGGACAGUCAGAAUAGGAAAACAUUCCAGAUACUGCUUUUGAGCCUCUGUGUUUAGGGACUCAGAGACGUUAUGCAUAAAAAAUGAAUGCUGUUGACAUUAGAAUGGAAACUUUAUUAUGGUGUGUGUGCCGGGGAAUGUAAAGCUUUAUAUCUUUUUAUUUAAAUGUUCUGUAAAAGAGAUGUUAAUUUGUACAGGAUAUGUUGUAUAUGCAGUUUGAAAUUAAGGGUCGUUCAUUUGAUAAUCUUUUGUUUUUGUUCCUUCUCUCUGCUGAGGAUGGUGUACGUGAAAGGAGGUGCUGAGGUCUGUUUGCAGAGUAACCUUCAAUGAAGGGCUGUUUGAACCAAAAAAGUAUGAAAUGAUGUGUUAUAUAUUGCUUAGAAACGGUUUAAAACUUGUAACAUUCUUGUGAGAAUGUUGCCGGCUUUACAUUUGUGUGUUUGUCCGGACAUUUGUCGUGUCAGAGGUGCAAUAUUGUCGUUGUCUUUGUCAUUGGUGCAUUAUUCCCCUGCUGUCAGAGCAGGCCGCUCAUCCUUUUUUGUCUGUGUAAUACAAAACUGCUGAUAUAUACAUCUUUGCACUUUUCCCAUACAGAUAGAUAUUAAUGUUAUUGAGGUCACAUUUAACACUACUGGUACCUGCCAGUUAUUUAACACUGUACAGUUUCUGAUCAAGGAAAAAACUGUGUGCUUCACCUGUAAAAGACCAUAUUUACUGUGUAUCGGUAUGUUGUCAAAGUCCCCUGUACUUUUAAUAUCAAUCUGCAUGUCACAGCACUUCGUUUUUGAGAAUUUUUAUAACUAAAUGUUUCAAUUUUCCACUAAGUUAUUCUCCUGUCUGUGUCAAAAUGCUGUAACAGCUGCAGAUGUUGUGCAUAUUCAUAUAACAACAGAAUUGUGGAUGUUGUGUAACUGGGGUAAGAGCCUUCUGGAUUUUACUGCUGAAAUGAUGCAUACUGCUAGAAGACUAUCAGGCCUGUUAUAUGAGUAGGGCUCAGAGCACAGCAGCAGCUUGAAAUAGCAGCUUUGUGUUAGAGAUCUUCUCGAGAGACACAGUGAUGGCUGAUCAGUAGACACCCCCGAAGAUAAAACAUUUAACCCUCCAGCUAGGACAUUCUCUUCAUACCUCCCAGCUACCACUUAUUCAACAGUUAAGGUUUGUUAUUGCCUUUGCAAAGGUUAUAGUGUCUGUUCUGUGCUUGUGUCAGUUUUGGGCAUUUGUCGUCAGCUUCUAAACAGAUUUCACUUUAAUUUGGUAGAAAACAAACAACUGAUUUGGUGCAAAUAACAAUAUCACAUGGCCCAAUCCAUUCUCAUCCCAACUCAUCAGAAACCAACGUUUUCUCACGGCCGUCUGCGUUCAUACCGCCCCACACAAGGCACCUCUUGUUUCGGUCUUGGACAUGUCAGACACAGUUUCAGUUUCUGCUAGUUACAUGCAUAUUGGCUUUUCAACAUAAUCUUCUAUGUUCACAAGAAAUGGUUACAUCGGCCCCACUGUGAUUUAUUGCUUUUCCAUCAGUCAUUUCUCUGAUGGGUCACUUUUCUGCUUUUCUCUGGGAAUAUUUUGAAUUUCAUCAUUUUCAUCAUCAUUUU